UCUAUAUAUCCACAUACCGAUCUAUAUUCACCAGAUAUUGUCGCUAAGUCUAUUGCAUUCUAAUAGUCUCAUAGCUUUACCUCACUGUUUCUUCGAUUUACACUGAACUACUUUCGAUAAUUUUUCACUAUCGAAGUUUUCACCAGAUAAUUGAUAGCUUUUCACUUAUUCACAUACUACAGCAACAAUGUCUGAUCCUAAGCCUUUGCCUUUCAUUUACCAGUUUCUCUCUGGUGCCAUCGCCGGUGUUUCUGAGAUCUUGGUCAUGUAUCCCUUGGAUGUUGUCAAGACUAGACAGCAGUUGGAUUCCACCAAUGCUUACAACGGUACGAUCAACUGUUUGAAGAAGAUUGUCAGAGAAGAAGGCUUCUCGCGUUUGUACAAGGGUAUCACCGCACCUAUUCUUAUGGAAGCCCCCAAGAGAGCCACUAAGUUUGCUGCCAACGACGAAUGGGGUAAGUUCUACAAAAAGCAGUUUGGUGUCACUCAAAUGACUCAAUCUCUUGCAGUCUUGACCGGAGCCACUGCUGGUGCUACCGAAUCGUUUGUGGUGGUGCCUUUUGAGUUGGUCAAGAUUAAGUUGCAAGAUAAGACGUCCAAGUUCAACGGCAUGGGUGAAGUAGUCAAGGACAUCAUCAAGACCAACGGUGUUCUUGGAUUGUACAAGGGUUUGGAAUCGACUUUGUGGAGACACAUCAUGUGGAAUGCUGGUUAUUUCGGAUUGAUCCACCAGGUCAAGUCAGUAAUGCCUAAGCCUAAGAACUCGACUGAAAAGACUUUGAUUGAUUUGACCUGUGGUACGAUCGGUGGUACUUUUGGUACCAUCAUGAACACACCUAUGGAUGUUGUCAAGUCCAGAAUCCAGGCUGGUUCUACCAAGUACAAGUGGACUUGGCCAUCCUUGGUGAUUGUCGCUAAGGAAGAAGGCUUUGGUGCUUUGUACAAGGGUUUCAUUCCUAAGGUUUUGAGAUUAGGUCCUGGUGGUGGUAUAUUGUUGGUGGUUUUCACUACAGCCAUGGACUUCUUCAGAGGUAUCCACGAAGGAAAGUAGAUGGUAUAAUUUACAUACUGUAAUGCGAUAUACUUGU